AUGGCCACAAAAGCACCCCCAAGCACCAUAACCACGCACAUCUCCUACGACCCCGCCGCCUACGAACGCAUCUCGCAUCGACCCAACAAAGAAAUCGAGAUUGUUUCGCCCGACCCCACCUGGGCCACAUCCUUCUCCGUCCUCGAAGAACGCAUAAAAACCGCCUUUGCGCAAUCCCAAUCCCCACCAAGCCUCCUCUACAUCCAGCACGUCGGCAGCACGAGCGUCCCGGGCAUCCCCGCAAAAGCAGUCAUCGACCUCGACGUCGUCGUGGCCGACCCCACCGCGGAAGAAACUUAUGUCCCCGUGCUUGAAAGCGCAGGGCUACAGUUCGUUCUCCGCGAGCCGCUGUGGCACCAGCAUCGGUUUUUUGGGUGUGUGGAGCCGUAUGCGAAUGUCCAUGUUUUUGGGCCUGAUAGUCCUGAGGUUGUGAGGCAUCGGAUGUUUAGGGAUUGGUUGAGGGAUCCGAAGAAUGAGGGGGAUAGGGAGUUGUAUGCGAGUGCGAAAAGAAAGGCUGCGGGGGAGAGUCGGGAGAGGGGCGAGUCGGUGCAGCAGUAUAAUGAUCGAAAGGAGCCGGUUAUUAGGGAGAUCUUGAAGAGGGUUUACGAGGCGCAUGGGCUGUUGGGGAAAAGUACGAAGGACUCCUGA